CUCCACCUCCACCUCCACCGCAACCCGGCUCAGCCUCUCCCCGGCCCGCCGCCGCUGCAGUCAUGGCUGCUGACGGGGUGGACGAACGCUCGCCGCUGCUGUCAGCAUCCCAUUCGGGGAAUGUCACUCCCACCGCCCCACCGUACUUGCAAGAAAGCAGUCCCAGAGCGGAACUCCCGCCACCAUAUACCGCCAUUGCUAGUCCAGAUGCCAGUGGUAUUCCAGUAAUAAACUGCCGUGUGUGCCAGUCUCUAAUCAAUUUGGAUGGCAAACUUCACCAGCAUGUGGUUAAGUGUACGGUGUGCAAUGAAGCUACGCCAAUCAAAAACCCACCAUCAGGGAAGAAAUAUGUUAGAUGCCCUUGUAAUUGUCUCCUCAUUUGUAAGGACACAUCUCGGCGAAUAGGAUGUCCUAGACCCAACUGUAGACGCAUAAUCACCCUUGGCCCAGUAAUGCUUAUUUCUGAAGAACAGCCAGCUCAGCCUGCUUUGCCAAUCCAACCAGAAGGUACAAGGGUUGUGUGUGGACACUGUGGAAACACAUUCCUGUGGAUGGAACUGAGGUUCAACACUCUGGCAAAAUGCCCACACUGCAAAAAAAUCUCCUCUGUGGGUAGUGCACUUCCACGAAGACGCUGCUGUGCAUACAUUACUAUUGGAAUGAUUUGUAUUUUCAUUGGAGUUGGGUUAACUGUUGGCACCCAAGACUUUGCAAGGCGAUUUCGUGCAACCUAUGUUUCCUGGGCAAUUGCUUAUCUUCUAGGUCUGAUCUGCCUUAUCCGAGCUUGUUACUGGGGAGUCAUAAGAGUCAGCUAUCCAGAACACAGUUUUGCAUAAGCUUGCUUAGGAUUCAGUGAUAACAGGUGAGAGUGUCUAGUAGUUCUUGAUAAGCUACUCUGGACAUCUUCAAAUCAUUUAUCCUAAUGGAUUCCAUUCUGGUUUAUGUAUAAUAGUUUCAAGACUUUCAGAGUCUUUUAUGAACAAAUGCUCAUUGCACUACAUUAUAUGCAAAUAGAUUGUUUUGCUGCUAGGUUUUCAAAUUUGGAAUAAUAAAGCUGUGUUUUUAUGUUCUUUAAAAUCUCUUAAAGAUAUUUUCAGAUUUGUCACCAAACAGUACAUAUAGUCUCAUGCUUUCAUUAUUUUUUAGUUAUUCCAUUACUUGUUGUGAGUAUUCCCAAGAAUUGUUAAUAAAUGUUUCGAUAGGUUCACAUUUAUACUUACAUUUUAAUUAAAUGUCAUCAAAAUUGCUUGCUUUAAAAUCUAAACAAUGUGCAUUUUUGCUUGAACUACUUACAGUAACUUUAACCUAAGAUUAUAGUGCCCUUAUUCAGGAAAUAAAAAUUUGGGUGUACCUUCAAAGACUUGACAUCUUUGUCAGAGAAAAACAUUUGUAGAUACUGUAAGCUUGUUUUCUGUUGUUUGUAGAAAGAUACAAUAUUUUGGUAGUAAUUUAAAAAACAGAAAUGAAAAUAUUUAUUUGCCCACAAUUGGAAAUGUUGGAUAAAUGACUUUUCUCAAAGAUCAUAGAACUUUUUGUCUUUCAUUUUUGUCUUUUUAUUUACCAAUUAUAAAAGAUUUUGUCUGGAUUUACAGAAUUUAAUGUAAUGUUGGCUACCUGUAUUCCUUUAUAGAGAUUGGAGGAAGCAUUUCAUAUAACAUGUUUUGUAAUACUUCACCACUUAAUCAAGUAUAUAUUUACACUGGAUUGUGCUGCUUUUCAUUAGAUCAUGAUAAAUUUUUCUUACUGAGAUAAUUAUGUACCACAUAUAUGUGAAGGGAGCUUAUGAUAUUUUACACUAACUAAAAUGAUAAUGUUAGAGGUACUCUUACCAAUCUUACCAAAUAUAACUGAUCAGAUAAUUACCAAUUUACUCAAGAAAAUAGAUCAGAGACCAAAAGCAACAUACUUUUCUAAGAUUCACGAGGAUAUGGAAUCAGCUCUUCCACUGCCCAUCUUUGCAGUUUUGAAAAACAAAUUGCUUAAUUCAGAAGUAAUGUUCUAAAAUAUUUCACAUAGUAGGAUUAGAUAAUGAGAUUAUCUGAGUAAAUUAAUUGGUAAUUCCAGGAAUAAGACUAACAUUUUAAAUUAUUUAUGUUUCUGAUUAGUAUAAAAAUGUAUUCAUCAGAGAGUUUGGAACAAAAUAACUGUAAACUUUAAAGAGUAAAUGAUAAAUGUAUAAAUGCAGUAGC